CCCCUUUCUCCCUUUUAUAAUGUAUCACGACCUCAAUAUACCUUAUUCGUCUCACCUUGACCGAUCAGGAUUAGAUAAGCUUAGACUCAUACUUUCUAAAUGCACUCAACAAAAUGAGUAUACUGUAGCAUUGAAUGUCACAAUGAACCAUAAUCAACAAGUUCCAACUAUCACACCUCCAGAUAUAUCCACACUUGGCUGUAAAUACUCGUUAAACAUCUUGAAACGCGUGACAAUCGAUACUGAUGCACCACUUGAUGCUAUCGAUAUUAGAGGAACGUAUGACCUGAUUGCUCUGCGAACGAGAAACGCUCAGGUCUUUGAAGAAGCCUGCUUACGAUAUGAUAUUGAUCUGAUCACAUUUCAUUUUGAUGAACGCAUCUCUUUUGAAUUAGAUCCAACUGUGAUUCAAAAAGCAUUGGAUCGCAACAUCUAUUUUGAACUCUGUUAUGCAGAUGCGAUCAAAGACAAACAGGCUAGAACAUACACCUUACAGAUUGCAAGACAAUUAAUUGAAUAUACCAAAGGCAAACAAGUGAUUAUUUCCAGUGGAGCUGAUACUGUAUCUGAGAUCCGUCACCCAUUUGACAUAUUUUACUUUGCCAAAUCAUUAGGAUUAGCCAAUGAUCAAGCAAAGUUUGUAAUAGAAAAGCACUGCGAACAACUGUUAUUGAAGACGAAAAAGAAGGCAAUAAAAUCAUGACGUAUACGCUCGUAAGGGUUUUCUCUUUUUUUCUUUCUCUCUUUCUUU